AUGUCGAAUUUGUUUUGGAUAUUGUUUCUAACUCUAAAAGUGUCCAGUGCAUUGAAUCAAACAGAGAAUAAGAUUAUGACGAAGGAGAUCGAAAGUUUCAUGUCUCAUCCAUUGAGUAAUAUAGCAUAUAUUAAUAUAAUACUGAGAUCUGAUGUUAUUGAUGAUAAUGUGACAAUGUAUGUGCAUUGGUUUUUUGAACAUUUUGGAGUACCAAAACUUGUAAGUACUUACACUAAAGCUUCUCUCAAAAGAGAAUCAACUUUGGGGGAUACCAAGUUAGAUGCUGAACGCGAAAGUUUUAUAAUACACACUAAUAUAGAUCUUCUAAAGCCAUUAGUUGAAAAGUACGUACAACGCGCAGAUAUAGUCAUUUUCAUACUUUCUGAUGACUGGGACAUGGAUAAUUUACAUAAAAACUUAUAUCACAUAUGGACAACGUAUAACAUUUUUAAAACUUACAUUCUUUCAAUGAAUGGCAUGUUUUUCUUCAAUCCAUUUGAGUAUAAUAAUGCAGUUAAUAGAUAUGGCAAAGUUAUUCAAUACUCUAAAGAAAGAAGAUUAGAUCUUAACUUGCUUAAAGACCUGCAGGGAUAUCCACUAAGAAUUCAAAUAUUCAAAUCAGUUUAUGCACGUCCAGUGUUGAAUAAACAGACGAGAAAAAUUAUAGGUGUUGAUGGUGUUGAUGGAAGAGUUGCUGAUCUUUUACAAAAAAGGUUGAACUUUACUAUGAAACUCCAAGAACCGGAUCCUAAUUACUUCGGUGAAAGACAGCUAGAUGGUACAUAUAAUGGCGCAAUUGGUUCAAUUAUAAAAAAAGAAAUCGACUUAUGCUUAACUGGAUUUUUUAUAAAGGACUACAUGGUACCAGAAUUAGAUUUUACAGUUGCUGUUUAUGAUGACAUGUUGUGCAUAUAUGUUCCUAAAGCGAAGCCCAUACCUUCAUCAAUUCUACCACUAUUCUCAGUUCGAAGUGAUUUAUGGAUUGGUUUCAUCCUGACUGCUUUUAUAUGUGCAUUUAUUUGGGCUAUAAUGCGACGAAUUAAUCUGUGGCUCAAUAUUACCAGUAGGACGGAUAUAAGUAUGAGAUCAGCUUUUAAAUUUCAAUUUUUGCGUAUUUUAAUCGAUACUUGGGUUGUGUGGGUGCGUGUUAAUAUACUAAGAUAUCCGCCAUUUAACUCAGAACGAAUUUAUAUUGCUUCGUUGUGUCUGGUAAGUGUUAUUUUUGGUGCGAUUUUUGAGUCAAGCUUAGCAACUGUUUACAUUCAUCCAAUUUAUUAUAAGGACAUAAAAACUCUGCGAGAACUUGAUCAAAGUGGAUUGAAAGUUAUUUAUAAGUAUUCAUCUUUUGCUGAUGAUUUAUUUUUUAGCGAAACUUCUCCAUUAUUUGCAAAUUUAAAUAGAAAAUUAACUCAUCUCAGUAAUUUGAAUGCAGAUGUUACUUUAGAUAUUGCGCAAAACGGUGGAAAGUCUGGCGUCACUAGAUACACUUCCUUAAUGUUGGAAUCUUUACAUUUUGUCAUAUCAAAACAAAUUUGGAUAGUACCAGAAUGCCCAAAAUAUUACACUAUAUCAUAUGUCAUGCCACAGGAUUCACCUUGGGAAGAAGGUGUUAAUGAUUUACUUUUACGAUUUCAAAGUUCGGGACUGAUAAAUAAGUGGAUACAGGACAUGAAAACUGAAGUUAACAUCAAAGUUAUGAAAAUGAAUCAAUUUCAGUCAGGCAAUGUUUUUAAAGUUUUAACGAUAAAGGAUUUGCAGCUAUCAUUUUAUGUUGUAUUGGUGGGAAAUCUUUUAAGUGGCGUAUCUUUUUUAGUUGAAAAAUUUGUACUGCCUCGAUAUAGGUCUAGAAAUAAAAACUAA